UGUGCAAUCUGCAUUCCAAAGUAUAUUACACACACACAUAUAUAAAGGCAUAUAGAGAAAGGAAGGGAUUGAGAAAGAGGAUUGAGCAAAACCCUAGCUUCUUCCUCCUCCCACUAGAUUACUCAGAGAGCAAUAUCUUCGAUAACAACGGCAGAGAGCUUCCCUCAGCAGCUCACUCUUUAGAGAGAGAAAGUGAAGUGGAGAACGUGUGUCAGGAAUUAGAGAGAGAGAGUUUCAUCCUGCUGCUUCAGAAGCAAAAAUCCAAAAACCACCAAAACCCUAAUCUAAGAAGACCCAUGAUCGCCCAACGAUCCAUCUUUCGAUCCUCUGGCCAGGCCAGUCUUUUCAAUCAAGCUCUUCGGAUCUUCGAUCCCAUUUCUGAUCGCCCCUUCAAUGCGCUCUUGUGUGCGUCCAAUAACUCUCAUCAUCUCUCAGCGAAGUCUCUCCCUCACAGCUCACAACACUCCGAUGCUUUCCCAGGUUGUGUAGAGAAAUUGAAAGGUGGCUCUCGUCAUCAUGCUUCUGAUGUGGUGGGAGGAGAUUCAAAAGCUGGAUCCCAUUUUUUGGGAGAUUUUGGUAUGAAGUUGGGUUUUAUGAAAGCAAAGGAGAAUGUCUUUCCACCAUCUGCUGUGAGUUUUAGAAGUUUUAUACAUUCUGAGAGUCGGAAGGAAGUUGAGAUGGGCAAGAAUACUAGAUCCAUGGACUUCGUGAGAGGAAUUAUAGAUGAAGAUGCGAAGGACGGCACUGGGGAUCCUCGAAAUCAUGCUGAUCAAAAUGCAGACAUUGUCCAUAUCAAGAUAUUGCGCAACAAUACCUUUGUUACUCUGACUGAUUCUAAGGGUAACACAAAGGCCAAGUCUACUGUAGGAUUAUUGGAACAGAAAGAAGGUACUAAAUCAUCGGGUCGAUUUUCUGGUGAGGCAACUGCAGAACAGGUUGGACGAAUCGCAAGGAGUAUGGGAGUAAAGUCGGUUGUUGUAAAAGUGAGUGGGUUUACUUAUUUUAAGAAGAAAAAGCAAGCAAUCUUGAGCUUCCGGGAGGGCUAUACCUAUGGUCGAGGAGAUCAGAAUCCAAUCGUAUACAUUGAGGACACAACGCGAAUUCCCCAUAAUGGAUGCCGAAAACCAAAGAAACGUCGUGUAUAAAUGGUAGUGAGCUGGAGCUUCACAUGCAUGGUAGCAGGUCACAUGCAUGGAUUAUCUUGAAAUUGGGAUGAGGCAAUAGUUCGGUAAAGAUUCUAAACUCAUGGGUCACAUAAAUUCCUAUUGCUUGAUACCUUCGAGCUUGGCUUUCAGAAAUGGAAGUUCUAAUAUACUACAUCCCAAACAGAGACUAAAACCCUAAAAGUGCCCCGAACGGGGCCCGAUCGAUUUUAUCCAAAAUUAUUGAGGAAGUAUAGAAUCGGAAGUAGCAUCAUAAAAUCGAAUAGUUAGGAUAGGCAAUGGAGGUGGAUUUGGACUCAACAAUCUUCGCCUUGGUUGAGUACUACUAAUGCCAAUUAAUUACUAAAGGAAUUCACUAACCAUGGUACGUUUAACCUCCUUGUGGCUUUUGUCUAUGUUUCUGAAUUAAGAAAUUUGUAUGCAUUUAUUCUUAUGAGACAUCAGUUUUUCAGUGUUAUACAGACUUGUCUCUACUGUUUAUCAAAUUUUAUUAUGUAGUUGCAUCUAUCCAGUGCUAAUAGCUUAUCACACACACACACACAUUUACUAGGAAAUGGACUUGUUUUGAUUACAGUUCAUGGAAGAAUUGAUGAAGAUAGCUACUAAAUGUACUACUGAUACUUGGUAGUGGAUGGGUUUUCUUGAUAGAUUUUUCUGUUUGUGUUUCAACUGUCGUUUCUAAUUACAGAUAGAAAUUGUAUUGGUCUGACUUGGGAUUUAGAUGAAGCUCCAAAUUAUGUAGCAUGUGAAAAUUUUCUCAAUUACCCUCAAAUUAAUUCAUCUUCUUAUUUUAUUGUCAUCCGUAAUAUUUUUUCUAAGCUAUACAUUACCAUGGAUCAAGUUUGUGGAAAUGGUGUCUUCAUGCUUAAGUUGUUCUGCAUAUAUGACGAUACCGCGCGAUCAUGAGUUUCUUGUCGAUUUACAGAUUGUCAAGAGUGUAGUUAAUAGAAGCCUCAUCCACGUUCAAUCACUUGAAUAUAGAAACAACAUUUCUUUAUCAAAAAGUAUACUAAAUCUUUAUCUGGCGGGAACCCAGCUCCUCUGUUUGCAGAUAUGUUGAAUUUCCAGUUUGAUGAGUGCGUCCAACUCAAUUGUCUACAUUAAAGGGGUGGUGAAGAAGGUAACAUGGUAGACACUUGAGGUUCUAUUUAUAAUAUAUUAUUAUAAUAUAAAUGCAUUACUGAGUUUAAGUCAAAGUUACUUUUCGGUCAUCGGCUAAUUGGGUUUAGGGGGUUAAAACUGAGAAAUGUUAAACGGCGAUGUCAGUAUAAUGACCCAAAUUCUAAUCCUAGUACGUGAGAUAAAUUUCGUUUGGUUAGAAGAAAUUAAUGAUGGAAAUAAAAAGUUAAAAAAAAAAAAAAAAAAAAGAAA